AUGGCCCGCCAAUGCGUCCAUGAUGACCCAUGCGACUCACAAGUCAUCGACGACCUGUACAACAUAGACGCAUCUUUCUCCGCAGUAGGGGAUGUGGAUGCUGAUGACUUCCUUGACGUAGACGAGGAUGUAUCCAGCCCAGAGAGCGACGUGACGGAUGUAGAGGACUUCAGUGAUGACGAUUCCAAUGUUGCAGAUCAAGUCCACCUUUUUGCAGGGAAUGUUCAUCCGCCAGAGUACUAUUAG